AGGACACGGCGCAACUGCUGGUAGAGCAGACGGCGGAAUUUCUGGCACAGGAGGAGGGGGCCGACGUACUGCCAGAAUCACUAGAGCGAGAAGCACAGAAGCUUGCCAAAGAGCUCGCAGAUCGAGCAAUAGCAAUAAUAACUGAGGGAGCGAGCGACAACCCGGCUUGUACGAUGCCACUGAUUGACAUCUAAGGAAAGGGAAUGGCGUUCCGAAGCAAGUAAGAAAGCUAAGGAGGGUCGCCAUUCCCCUAUCGGCGCUUUCAAUCAGUGGCGCCGUUCACGUGCCUCCUGGCGAUAGAGGUGAGGGUGAGACAGUUGGC